UUUCCUCGCUGGAGAUAGUUUCGGAUAACAUUUUACGACUCCCGUUCUUGCCAGCUCUCCCCCUUCUCCGAAAUCGCAGAGCCUGAUACGGAGUAGCACAGAGAAACUCGCACCGCAUUCAUGGCUUCAGCCGCAACGUUCCCAAAGCUUCGGCUUGCUCCGCGAUUCCGCACCUACUCCCAGUUUCAGAUGACUGAUCUGGUUCAUAUUCACAUCAAGACAGGCGAUGGUUGCAAUCGUCCCACGCAUGCCCAUGGGUGGCUUAUUUCUACCGGGAGAAGUUUGAGGCAUACAUUCCUUCCAGUGUCAGCAGUUCGAUCAGGUCGGGGCUCCUCGGUUGCCCAAGAGGAGGAGAAGACCGGGCUGUCAUUGGAUAACUUCAAGACAACCGUUGUUUCGCGCGACGACGAAAAUAUCAAUUUAAGAAUUGAUUUGCCUGGGAAGGCAACACAGAAGGUGUUUGAUGAAGCUCUGACGAGCUUGGCUCGUGAUGCGCCACCGGUUCCAGGUUUCAGAAGGUCCAAGGGAGGGAAAACAUCAAACAUACCAAGCAGCAUUCUCCUGGCAAUGCUGGGCAAAAGCCGGGUCACAAAGUUCAUCCUUCAGGAAAUACUUAGUGUCACUGUCGGAGAUUUUGUCAAGAAGGAAAACCUGAAGGUGAACCCUGAGAUUGCGACAACCCAAUCGGAAGGUGACCUCGAGUCAUCGUUUACGCCGGGUUCGUCGUUCAGGUUCAAUGUGAUUCUGCAGCUUGAGAAGGAAUCUGACUCUGAUGAGGCUUCUGAGGAGGUGCAAGUUGACUCUGAUGAGGCUUCUGGGGAGGUGCAGGCUGAUUCUGAUGUGGCUACCGAGGAGGAUCCCUCCUCCUGAUAGUUCAGAGAAGAAAGUCUUUUGUGCACUGCUGCUUACUUGAAUCAUGGCUGUGUAUCCACUGAUGAAUGUAGUAGUUCAGAAGAGCAAGCAAACAAUUUUCAGACAAGACAUCACAGCUGAUUUGCAAGUUGCAAGUGACACAUCACUUAGGAUAUGUGUGGUGUGGUAGUACCUGCCUACUGAACACAUACACUUCAGAACUUGAUGCAAAAAUAUGUUAGAUUUUGGGGAGAUUAUGCCA